AUGGGUGAUCAUCAUAACAGUUUCAACCUCCCUCCUGGUUUCCGAUUCCAUCCCACCGACGAAGAGCUUGUAGUCCACUUCCUCCACCGCAAAGCCGCCCUCUUACCUUGCCACCCCGACGUUAUCCCUGAUCUUGAUCUCUAUCCAUACGAUCCGUGGGACUUAGAUGGAAAAGCUAUGGGGGAGGGUAAUACGUGGUAUUUUUAUAGCCGGAGAGCGGAAAACCGGAUUACAGAAAACGGUUACUGGAAGAUGGUAGGUGUGGAGGAGCCAAUUUUCAGCAGUGGAGGUCAAAAAGUUGGUAUGAAGAAAUACUAUGCAUUUCACAUUGAUGAACCUCCGGAGGAUACCAAAACAAAUUGGAUAAUGCAGGAGUUCAGGCUUUCUGAUACUGGUUCAAGUAGCAAAUCAUCCAAAAGACGAGGACAUUCCAAGAUAGAUUAUAGGAAAUGGGUAAUAUGUCGAGUAUACAAGCAUGAUUGUGACGAUAACGACGAUGGACCGGAGCUUUCAUGCUUGGAUGAAGUUUUCUUGUCACUGGAUGAUCUUGACGAAAUUAGUUUGCCAAAUUAG